CCAAGGAAGUGACGUCAAGAGAACCUCGGCGCCUGGUCAGAUAAACUCCAAGAGGACCAAGGCGAACUGCUUCCCUCUCUUGUGCGACUGAGAGGAAGCGAAGAUGUCGGAACGGAAAGUUCUAAACAAAUACUACCCACCUGACUUCGACCCAUCAAAGAUCCCGAAGCUCAAGCUACCCAAGGACCGGCAGUAUGUGGUUCGGCUGAUGGCCCCCUUCAACAUGAGGUGUAAGACAUGUGGAGAAUACAUCUACAAGGGGAAGAAGUUCAAUGCACGCAAGGAAACGGUCCAGAACGAGGCCUACCUGGGCCUGCCCAUCUUCCGCUUCUACAUCAAGUGCACACGCUGCUUGGCCGAGAUCACCUUCAAGACAGACCCAGAGAACACGGACUACACCAUGGAGCAUGGGGCCACGCGCAACUUCCAGGCUGAGAAGCUCCUGGAGGAGGAGGAGAAGCGUGUGCAGAAGGAGCGUGAGGAUGAGGAGCUGAACAACCCCAUGAAGGUCCUAGAGAACCGCACGAAGGACUCGAAGCUGGAGAUGGAGGUGCUGGAGAACCUGCAGGAGCUGAAGGACCUGAACCAGCGGCAGGCGCACGUGGACUUCGAGGCCAUGCUGCUGCAGCACCGCCUGUCCCAGGAGCAGCGGCGACAGCAGCAGGAGGAGGAAGACGAGCGCGAGACUGCGGCCUUGCUGGAGGAGGCUCGCCACCGCAGGCUUCUGGAGGAUUCUGACUCAGAAGAUGAAGCUCCACCUUCCCGACCACGGGCAACAGCAAGACCCAACCCCACAGCCAUCCUGGACGAGGCGCCAAAGGCCAAGAGGAAGGCAGAGGCAGUGGGCAGCAAGGCACAGCUGGCCGGCUUGGUUGUGCCAAAGAAGGUGAAGGCAGAAGCUAAUGGGGGCUCAGAGCAGGUCCGGAUGCCCGCCACAGGUGCCUCCGAGAGCAGGAAGGCGGUCAACCUUGCACCCCAGACACCCAGGGCCUCCUCCCUGAGCCAGCUGGGUGCAUAUGGGGACAGCGAGGACAGUGACAGCUGAGCUCCCACGGUGGCAUCACAGACCCAAGAAACCAGAGAUGGGAACAAGGAAGGCCCUCAGCAAACACCUCGUGACAAUGUCUGCUGUGGAUCCUGGCAGGGAUGGAGGGCAAUGUCCCUCAGCACCAGGCGCCCCAGGAUGGACAGCCUGGUCCACUCCUUGCGCUAUGGGGAGCUUAUUGGCCCCAUCCCUUCCUGCCACAAAUCUGAACACUAUCUGACAUGGGGCAGGGUCCCUGGGGACCAUCUCCCAACAAGGCCUGGGGCUCCAUCCACAACACAAUACUGUGUGAGAAAGAAGAUCAAUUGACAACCAUGUGGACCAGCAAGCGACCCUGCCUGAGUGUAUAACCAGGUCUUAACGCUCACCUGGGAUUACGGCCACACACCCAGCCUGGGCCUGGACCCUCAGCACAUGUCCUUCCUUCACAAUUUAGCAUUGCAUUGGUCUGUGUUCUGGUACUGUAAGAAAACUGCCAAGGCUGAAUCUGUUGUGUAGAACACGGGGAGCCUGGUACAGAGUGGCGGUGGAGAGACAGGCACAUGUAGCCCCAACUAGCCUCCACCUCCCCAGUGAACCACCAAGCUGAUCUUAUGCCUGAAA